AUGCACCCAGGUAGAGCAGUGUUUAAUUGCUGCUGUAAGGUAGAACAACAGAAAAGAAAAAUAAGAGACAAAUAAAUGAGACAAACAGACCACUACUCUAGACAGUGGGGUUACUGGUUGGCUUGGGGUGUCUGCUGAUAAGAACAAAGAGGGUAAUGUUGGCUAUAUACCAUGGUCACAUCAAGAAAAUGGUCCACCUUGUUGUAAUUUUAAAAACCAUUGAAAAUAAUCAGUUACAAAACAGUCUCCUUUUCAAUGCAUGUCCUAACUAAAGAUCAGACAAAUCGACUGUUAAAGCCCUAAGGGAUUUCCUGCAUAGUCGCAUUCAUUAUAACUCUUCUUUAGCAAAAUGCGGCUACAUCUAUUGAAGCUUCUGCUCUUUUUUUGAGACACAGCAAAAAAUUCCUAGAGUAGUAUUAUAUCAAGCCCACGCCAUAAUAUUGCUGUAAGUGCAGAAGGGAGGUAGGCAAACCUAUCUGACACCUAUGUGAGUUUUCACAUUAGGAACAUGAGAGUAACAGUAAGCAUCAAUUACAUUUUCAGGGUUAUUUACUAAAGAGUGAUCUGUCAUGAAUUCAAAGUGAAUUUCAAAUUUGAGGCCAAGGUAGCUUAUCUGAAAACAUAGAAUUUUUACAUUUUGAUAUCUCUAUAAAACAGACUUAUGUUUAUGGCCCUAUCUGACUAACAGAAGCCCCAUGCAGCCACAGGUUAGUGGUGUGAUCGGGGAUUUAAUCUUGAUCGCACCACAAUCUCUAUGUAGGCAUUUAAAUGCCUAUUUAAAGAGCUGCUUGCAGGGUUGGCUUCCAGCUCAUUUAAAAGUCUUGGGCCACUAAAAAUGGCCUCAGUACACUAGGGAAGCUCCAGGUAUCCAUUGAUACCUUUUGUUAGUGGUGUGAGCAGGGAGUUAAACCUGAUCACACCACGAUCUUUCAAUAUGCAUUUACAUGCCUAUUUAAAGGGCUGUUUGCAUCGCUGGCUUCCAGCACUGCAGACAUCUCAUCUAAAAGACAGAGAUGAGCCCCUAGUAUCUAUUGCUACCUUAGGCUUCCUUGUGUGUACAGGGAUUUCACCCUACUAGCACCAAAUCUGCAGUGUGUUCUAUGCCACCCUAAGAUCAUUUUAAGCCCACUUUGUGAAGGACAACAUAGAACAUCAUACCAGUGUUAAGGGGUUAAGAACCAUUGGUCAGCAGCUACCAUGUAAGAAAUUCAUGUUUCUGUACUAUUGUCUAUUUUUCUUUUAAUUAGUGAAACAUGCGGUUUAUAUUGUGUGCUUUGGUCUACCUGCAGAUGAAUGGGCCUUGAAAAACAACGUACAUAUUAAGAAACACCAAAGCAUCCAAGAUCGACUUACUGCUGCGAGGCGUCUUCUGGAGGAAUCGCCGUCUUGUCCUGUGGUAUUAGACUCCAUGAAGAAUCUGUGCAGUGCUAAAUAUGCAGCUCUCCCGGAGAGGCUUUACAUCUUGCAAGAAGGCAAGAUCACUUACAAGGUAAGGCUCCUCAUUAUGUUACUGCUAGAUCAGAAACGUAGUAACCGUCAUACCAGCAUAUGAUAUGUUGGACUAUUGCUCCCCAUUUCUUCAUUAAAAGACCACUAUAGGCACCCAGACCACUUCAGCUCAAUGAAGUGGACUGGGUGCCAGGUCCCCCUAGUUUUAACCCUGCAGCUGUAAACAUGGCAGUUUCAGAGAGGGGAGGGUUAAUCCAGCCUCUAGUGGCUGUCUACCUGACAGCCACUAGAGGUCGCUUCCAUGAUUCUCAGUGUGAAAAUCACACUGAGAUGACGCUGAUGUUCAUAGGAAAGCAUUGAGUAAUGAUUUCCUAUGGGCGGUUUGAAUGAGCGCCCUUGCUCUGGCAGCGCAUGCACAUUCGGAGCUGACGCCGGCAGGGGGAGGAGAGGUCACCAGCGCUGGAUUAAGGUAAGUGGCUGAAGGGGUUUUAAGCCCUUCAGCCCAGCAGGAGGGGGGCCCUGAGGGAGGGGGGGACCUAAUAACCCUAUAGUGCCAGGAAAACUAGUUUGUUUUCCUGGCACUAUAGUGCUCCUUUAAAUGUGGUUUAUAGGGAAUUGGGGGAAUUUAUAAAAUGAUAAUUUAUUACUAAAUGAUCAUUUAUUACUAUUCAGUAAUGACAGAAUAAAGUCACUUCUUAUUCAUAAACCUCUGUGGCUUACUACACCCACAAUGCUCAGUCACUGUUUGAGGACAUAAAUGGUGGUUAGGCAAGAUCAGCAGGAGUCACAGGCUAUGGAUGAGAUUAGUGGAUAGCACGUGUCAGUCUCCACCUUUAAUUCCACUGAUACAAGACUCCACCUUUAAUUCCACUGAUACAAGACUCCACCUUUAAUUCCACUGAUACUCACCAUCUACCUUACUCAAUACCCACAUCUCACCUUAUUGCCUUCGUUAUUCCUUAGUUAAAUACAGACAUUCAUUUUAUAGAAUAAAUCUGAUACAGCCUUACUUGUGAUGCCCACACAUAGCAACUGAGGAGAAAGAGAUCUACCCAUGGUCUACCAGUAUUUUACAAAAUACUUUGAUAUACUUACAUGAUGUCACACUUUUAUUGUACUGCAAAUUGAGAAACUAAUUUGAAGAAAUCUUCGACACUCAAGCUGGUAAGCACUAUAAUUCAGUUUUUUAAUAUGAUCUAUAUAGUUUGGUCCUAUAAUCCCAUUAGACUUAAUCAUAAAUCUCAGAGAAUCUCCAAACUCACUCCUAAAGAAAACCUGGAUCCACCCCAAACGUGGGUGUAUCAAAGAAUAUAAGGUGUAUAAUAGGAGUUACUCCUUGCAUAAUCAAAAAUACAAAACAUUAAAAGCAAUAUUAAACGUAUAUUUCUAAAUCACAAUGAUUUAUAUAGCACCAACAUAUUCAGUAGCACUGUACAAUAGGUAAAGCAACACAAAAUAUUCUAACAAAAAGGUUUUACAUAUGGAAAUAGUAGGUGAAGAGGGCUCUGCCCAAACAAGAUUACAAUCUGAAAGUGCAUAAGCAAUGAAUAAAUACAUACAUUAGCCUGACACCUAUACCACUAAAACAGAAUAGAGGUUGUAUAAACUUUUAACAUAUCCUGCAGGAAAUAUGUACAUAUGGAUACAAAAUAACAUAAAUUAUUAAAUGAGACAUACACUGAUCAGCCACAAUAUUAAAGCCGCACUGUCACCGUCUGUGGAUCUUGCAGAAUUCGGCAGUGACAUUGCCGCUGGUGGUCCAGUAGCCCACGGGGGAUGGGGGAGGGGGCAAGUAAAUGUCUCAAUGCAUCUCUAUGAGGAGGUGCUGAUUGGCCAAAACUGCAUUUGGCCUGCCCCUUGCAGAUUUUAGCCAAUCCAAUGCUUUGGGAAAGCAUUGGAUUGGCUUAAAAUCUGCAAUUUUGAUGAUGCCACCAAGGGGACAGGGCCAGCGCUGUGGAGAGCUAAAAAUAAGGUGAGUUUUAACCCAUUCUGAAGGGGGGGGGGAAUUGGGGGCAAGCCACCUAAAUGGUGGGUUUAACACUAUAGGGAGACGAAUACAUGUUUUUGUUCCUGACCCUAUAUUGAUCCUUUAAUGACGUUAAGCCAAUACUGCACAUCACUGCCAAACUGCGGUUAAUUCAUCGUUAUGUAACAACAGGAACUGAGCAGUUACAAGCCAAAUUGUGUUAUGUAAAAAAUGUAUCUGCUUAAUUUGCUCUCUGUAGGAUUAACGCUGACUUUGGAGUAUAUUACUCGACAUAUCGAAACCCACCUUACACACCUCUCUCUUCCUCAUUUCUUCACCUCAGUAGCUUAUAAAUAUCACAUUUAAUUGAAGACUUACUAUUAUUAAGAGCAGUAUUUAUAUAGUGUGAUGCUUUACAAUUAGAGAAAGUGUCGAGGAAGGCCCUGCUCAGUUUAUAAUCUAGAAAGAUAUGUGUAUUUUAUCUAAACUGACUUAUUUUAGUGUUAAUUAAUUGCCAGAUGUGAAUCCAAUCUUAAUUGUUAAAUAUAUACUGAUGGAGCACUCCGAGCACCAUAACCACUACAUCGUGCGAGAGGUCUUCAGCAGGGCUCUGCGUAUGAGCUGGCCUGUAGGGCACUGAACUCACAUACCCACUUUAGGGGAGUGCACAUCACCUCCUCUCUGGCCCCACUCCUAUUAUUGGGCUGUUCUGCCUUUAAAUGCCCAAUGUGAAUUUUUGUCCCAGUCUGGCCGUGCGGACUGGAUGUUUAAUUGUCAGAUUUCUACUAUAGAAAAGGCAAAACUAACUUGUGUGUUAAGAAAAUGCAGCUGAAAGUUCAAAUCAUGAUUCAAUAAAUACCGCAUUUACUCGACUCUAGUGCGCAUCUUUUUUGGAAAAUAAAGUUUCUAAAAUUUGAAUGCACAUUAGAUUCGAUGGCGCAUUACAUUGGGGGCAAAAUGUUCAAUUUUCUGGCAAAUUCCAUUCCGUCAAUUCAAACACACAAAUUCAAAUAGACUAAUUCAAACAAACAAAUUCACACAGACGAAUUCCAUUCCGGUUUUCAAUAUAGGGUCAGGAAUACAUGUUUGUGUUCCUGACCCUAUAGUGAUCCUUUAAAUGUAUUUUAUUCUGACGAUCUGCUAUAGCUCGAAUAAAACAAUAUAAUAAAAUGUAACUGAUUUAUAGAACAUCAGUUAAUUGACAACCAAAUUGCAAAGAUUUACGCUAAAAUAACCAAUCUGUGACUAUAGUAGUUGGAGGUUUUUUCGAACUCUGCCGAUUUCCAUACAUUUUUCAAUUGAAUUACAACUUGGUGUUUAUUUAUUUUGUCAAGAUAUAAUUAAGCAUAGAAAGUUGACUGGAGGCAUUGACUCAUCUGUGCUGUAGAAUUAUGAAUCACUUUCUCACAAAAACCUGUAAACAAUAAUUACAAGGUCACGUGAUUUCUGCCUUUCAACACUUGGUUGUAGAUACAGAAUGCUCAUGUUGUAAUGACAUGUUAUUGUCCUCAUGAUCUAUACCAUUUGGACUCUUUACAAGCGUUGAUUUCGGGUGUAUGAAGAGCUGUAAGAGGUCAUUGGUACAACAGUCAGAGCAAUUUAAGAAGAUAACCUUUGCAGAAAUAUUCUAGUUUUUGUUAUGGUGUUGUGUGAAAUAAAACAAUUUCUAACACAAACAUCUGAGAAUGAAUGAGGCAAGCUGUAACAUCUUAGUCCAGGUGAGACAGAUGCAGCAAAUAAUGUAGCAAGUUCUCAAUUAAUAGCAGACAACAAUUAAAGGACAACCGUCAACUCAAAACUAUUUUUAACAUAAUAACCAUUUCAUCAAGUUUCAUGAUGAAAUAUUUUAUUUUUUAAAUUUAUGAGAAAAACACACGCACCUUGGAUCGAACAAUGUGUGAAAACAAAUUUGUUUUUGUUUUUUACAUAUACUUCAUGGUAGAAAAAAAAAUAAUCCAUUCCUUUCAAAACUUGAUAAAUUGAUUUUGAUGUGACGGGUGUCCUUACUAUGACUCACAGAGCCCUCUAGUGGCAGUUUGAAAGAUCACAUAGAAGGGACACGACAAAAUGUCAAUGCAUGCAUAUUAACAAGUAAGGGCAUAGGCUGGAUCCUAGGUUACUAUGGAUUGGUGCAAGCCCUCAAUUUUAUCACCAACAAACUGUUCAGUAUUUUGUACUUGUCUAUGGCACUUGCAAUAAAGUGAUAGUGGAGGUAUUAUAGGGAAGGGAAAGAGAGCUAGAGAGAAGAGAAGAAAAAAGAAGUGGGAAACAUAUUUUUAUUUCAAACUAAGAGGUGCGAAAGGUGGGAUCAGUGCUUAGAAAUGAAUAUUGGGUUGGAUGUAUUUCCAACCAUUUUUACUCCAAUGCAUUGUAUCUUGUUUGUCGUGCUCCAGGACACCAUAGCCCCGAUACUGCCUAAUUGUCACAUACUGCCUCUCCUUCCACUUCAUCGAUCAUGGUAGAAACCAAGGGCUCCAGAUCUCCAGGAAUGUGGUUGUCCUAUCCUGGAGGGCUGCUGUCUGUUCCUCCAUAGCUCAGAUCUCCUCAACUCCUAAUCUUCUCAACUCUAAGUUGAUCAAGGACUUGGCUGCCGAUAGAAGGUGAUUGGCCGGUGCUUUUUUUAUAUUCGAAGAUCGCCAUUGUUCAGGACAAAAUUGAACAGGUCUAUCAGAAUAACCGGUAUUGACUUCGGUUCAUCAAAGUUUGCCAGCCUGCGGACACGGGUAUUACCUCUCGUCCCUCUUUUUUUGAUGUCCUCUAUGUGUCUCCUGAGUUCUAAGAGUACUUGGUUUUGCCUUGCCUUGUUACCGCCAUAUCUUCCUGCUGCUGUCUGUGAUCUUGCUGCUGUGAGGCCUCUUCCAAGUGUCUCACAAGGGUAUCUAACCCUCCUAUAGCUGUCUGGGUGUCUACUAUUUCAUGCAGAAUAGUUGUAGAGUCUUCUUUUGUUAGCAUUGAAUAUGUGCAGAUCUGCCUGGAUUGCUUCCAAUGAGGAGCCAGCGGACAAACAGGCCUGGUUUGUUGAUCUUUCAGAGGCCACAGAUCCUACCAAGGCUGACCGCAUAGAUAACAUUUUGUCUGUUGUGUGGGACCAAGGUGAGUUAGCCUGUGACCUGUAUGGUGCCUGUUCUACCAUUCCAAACCAUACAUCACUUCUUUUUUUUAGUUCUGGGUAGCACCGUGGAGCUCAUCUACUAGACAUCUUGCCAUCCAGGUCACGCCCCCAUCAACAGUUUUGCAUUUAAAAAUAAUCAAAGUGGUUUAUUCACUAAACUCUGAAUUGAAGUGAACUGAUAAGCAAAUGGAACAGCUCAGCCUGGAACAGUCAGUUUUUAAUUUCAGUGACCAACAAUUCAGGGCUUAGUAAAUAAACCUCAAAGUGAUUUACCAGAAAAUAUAUAUUGAGAUUCUCUUUCAUUUUCUUGUAUAUCCUAGUGCAGGGGUAUGUAACCUUCAGCACCCCAAAUGUGGUGGACUACAUACCCCCUGAUGCUUUAGUACAUUAAGAGAGAUUUAGUCAUCUGAAGUGACAGUUUGCUUACCCCUGUUCGGGUGCAUAGAUGUUACUACCAAACACAGUACUACAUAUUUUAUUAACUUGGGAAGAAGAAAGGAUAAAGGGAUACAAAGUUGAACCUGUAAUGCUGUGAAUUUUUAAAGAUUCAAUUAUUAGUAGAUUAACUAAUUGAGCUAUUUAAAGUUGCUGUAAUGUCAACUAACAUGCAAAUCCUUACAUGGCGAUCAUUAAAUACAGUAGUGGAAAACUAUACAUGGUAAAUACAUUUUGUUGAUUUGCAGAGAAUCUUAUAUGAUCUGAUAGUUUUUGUAUGUUAUAACGUAUAGUCACUGUGUAAUAUAUUUUCUUUCUAGGGCCAGAUGGGUCCCUGGGGCUACAAGCCAGAAGAAGUACGCUUUAUUCUUGAAAAGAUGGACUAA